AUGGCCGCACGAUUCACUCCCCGUCUCUUCCAGCAGGCUACCCGAGGUUACGCCUCGCAGGCUGCUGUCCGAGCUCCUCGUCAGCUCGAUGGCCUUGCCGGCAAGUACGCUUCCUCUGCGUACGUUGCUGCCCUCUCUAAGGACAGCAAGACCCUCGAGAAGGUCGAGGCCGACCUCAAGGCUGUUCAGGCCGCCCUCACUGGUGCCGAGGGUGCCAAGCUGCAGACCUUCAUCUCGAACCCCACCCUCAGCGGCGCCGACCGCACCAAGGGUCUUGAGCAGCUCCUGUCCACCGGCAAGGGCAAGGCUGAUCCCAUCACUCACAACCUCUUCACUGUCCUCGCCGAGAACGGACGUCUGUCCGAGACUGAGAAGGUCAUCGAGGGCUUCCAAGACCUGAUGACCGCAUACCGUGGUGAAGUCGAGGUGACCGUCACCUCGGCUACGCCCUUGGACAAGUCGGCUGUCUCGCGCAUCGAGACGGCGCUCAAGGGCUCGCAGAUCGCCGCCAAGGGCAACGGCAAGACACUCAAGAUUGUUCAGAAGGUCAACCCUGCUAUCCAGGGUGGUCUGAUUGUCGACUUUGGCGGCAACACGGUGGACCUCUCGGUCGCAAGCAAGGUCAACAAACUCAACGCCUUGCUCCAACAGGGUAUCUAA